GAAGACAACAACAGUUCGAAGAGAAAACACUUCUGCGACUUCACUAUUAUGACUGCGGAUGAUAAAGUCGUCGAAGAGGUGGAGUUUGAGAAAUCCCACAUUGAGAAUACUUCAUUUGAGGAGAUAUUAGAGCAAAUCGGCAGCUACGGGAAGUUCCAAAUACGCUUGAGCAUUGUCUUCUGUUGCCUGACACAAUUUUUUUCCUCAAUGUCUUCCUACGGCACGCUCAUUGCCCUUACAGUACCUGAACACUGGUGCCACGUUCCAGAAAGAGAAGGUACCAAUUUAACCAUAGAAAUGUGGAAGAAAGUGACAAUACCAAGGAAAGAAGAAGUGUACAGCAGUUGCGAGAUGAAGGUACCAAACCGAACGAAUGAAACAGCACCGUGUAUGUACGGAUGGGAAUAUGACGACACUUGGUUUUCUGCAACUGCUGCUUCCCAGGAAGACUGGGUAUGCGAAAGAGAAAUGUAUCCUAACACCAUAUAUUCUGUCAGUCACUUUAUCUCCAUCGGUUUUGCUGUUCUGCUUUUCUACGUUGGUGACAGAUUUGGCCGGAGGAUACAGUUUCUUAUGAGCGUGGGCUUGAUGGCAGUAUCCCGAUCACUGCUAACUGUUUCAGCGUCAGUCUUCCCACUGUACGUCGCUCUCUCGGCGGUGGCAGAGAGUCCAGGCAUGCCUAGCUCAGAAUCAGCUAUAGCCAUCGGAAUCGAACUGACUGGCAUCAAACAUCGCUCGCUCGUCAACUUUUUGGCAUUUACCUUUUACUGUUUGGGAACAAUUUCUAUGGCGCUAGCAGCAUGGUUGUUACGAAACUGGAUUCAGUUUCUGUUGAUUUCAUCUGUCCCCUGCUUCAUUCCAUUGUUGCUACACAGGUAUUUGCCAGAAUCUCCCAGAUGGCUGCUCGGUAAAGGGCGACCAGAGGAAGCUCUCAAGGUUCUGGAGAGCGUAGCAGCAACAAAUGGAAAGCCCCUGCCUUGUGACACGUGGAUGAGGCUUGCUUACCUGUCUGAGCAGAGGACUCCACGCAUGGACAUCAGAAGCAUCUUUACGAACAGGAACCUCUUUAAAAACACGGUUUUGUUGCUUAUUAGCAGUAUCUUCUGAACAAUGGCUAAUAACCAUUGGGUCUCUGAUGAUGCAGUUCUUCUCCAGUUCGUCGUUAUUACUUACGAACUUACAGGGCAUGGAAAUACAUCCUACACGUUUACGCCAAACAUGC